AUGGCAUCUGAUGAGGAAAGUCCUGGUCAAGCACAAAGCUCAAGUCGACAAAGCCGCAGGUCCUAUAGUGCCCGGAGAACUCAGGACAGUGCCAAUUUUGUUGGACGAGAAGUUUGUCUUCGGGCCAUGCGGAGUCUUUUGGGCAUAGGCGAAACGACGUUGCAGAGAAUGAGGCAAGGAGAGAGGGUGUACACUAACAAGAGUAGGGCUCCAUUGCCGAAGCACCCUUCUUUUGGUUUUACGAUCAGGGGUGAGGUCGCUGCCAAGUGGAUGGGGGUUGUGAUGUAUAUGUGGUAUGUGUACCACAGCUGUGCCGAACACAUGCCAGACAAUUUCCGUGCUGCUACCAAAGAUGGUGGCUUCCGUGCUGUUGCCGAUGCCAGAUUGCAGGGUGAUGACGAUGCACACCUGCGUGCUAUCAACAGCUUCAUGCGGACGCUGACCACACAAAGCUCGGAUAUAGAUGUGCAUACAAUUGGCCCUGGAACCUUUUCUGGGAAGCGGCGAUGCCUUCCAUAUGGGAGUCGUUCGGAGAUGUUUUGGGAGUAUAAAGCGUACUGCAAUGCAAAUCAAGAGGAGCCUGCUUCCUACCAAACAUUCAUGCGCAUCGCUCGGUGUGUGGUGGGCCCUGCUCAAAAGCAUGGCUUUCUCAAGUUUCGCAAAGUGAACGAGCAUGCGAAAUGCGACGACUGCACCCGGCUCAAGAAAGCUUUGAAAGCCAAGGUGAAGAGCGGUGAGGAUCGGCAGGAGCAGCAGCGUGCAUACAUGCGCCACAUCUUGUCACAGUGGCUGGAUCGGCAGCUGUAUUGGCAGUUCCGUAGCCUAUCUCAGACUUUCUUUCGACAGCAAGACCUCCUGGGUCACAGGAUACUGACUUCGUCCAUCGCGACCUCAGUCAUGACGAUCAUUGCAGACGGCAUGGACCAGUCUAAGUACAAAUGUCCUCGCAUUCGGGAGCAAUCCUCGAAAAUUCUUGCUCGUUUGUUCCGACCUACAUUACAUGUGGCAGCCACAUGGAACCACGGUAGGAGCUUGAACUUCUUCGUCGCUGACGAAUGUCUUCGCAAGGAUAGCCAGACACAGAUGGAGAUGCUCGCCCGAACUGUGUCUCAGGUCAUUGACUCUGCAAGACAGCUUCCAGCUGGACUUGCACUCCAGCAGGACAACACCUAUCGGGAGGGAAAAAACACUUACACCAUGGGCUGGUUGUCUUCUCACAACAGAGUGCUUUCAUUAGUCGGCAAACAUUUGAUUGUCCCGAAGACGUGGUCCGUCUCCUGGAUUCAAGUCACAGGCCUGAGGCAGCUGGUGAACGGGAAAGGAAAGGUGGGUCAAGUUCGUUUCUGUCUUCGUCGGGACUUGGAUCCUUCCUCUUAUGGUGCCUGCCAGACGAAAGAACUCACUGGUUCUCCGCCCAAACAGGACGAUGUACUUGUUCUGGCGAAGCAUCGUAUGGCAGAUACCAGUCCCCAUGUGGUUGCAGUGAUUGUUUCUGCGCAAAGAGCCGCUGAUCUUCGUGCCAGUUUCCAGCAGCCUCAGGGCUCAGCAGAGCGUAGACCGAUCACUGAACAAGUCAAGAAGAACAUUGCGGGAGUGCUGCCGAAGUGUGUGCAACAAGGCAUUGUGUCUCGUGAUGCCGAAGCGUACCUGACAAAUUGGCGUGCUGGUACCUGGGCUAAAGUUCCCCGGCCAUCUUUGUACACGUGCCUGGAGGCUCGAAGAGCCCCACAAGAAUUCUAUGGCAAUGACCUUGUCGGUUGCAG